AUACAACUGUCACUGUGGCUGUGCUUGUGACAUUUUGAUGCGACUACGAUGUUGAUCCCCACCAGAGAAAACGAACAGGAUAAGGAAGAACAAGUUUGCCUCUCCUCUCGCUCCUCUGCCAAAGCCAUCGAUCAGAUCACCGACCUACGACCUACAUAGCUACCUGUCCAUCUCUUCAUCGCCUUCAUCUCAGUCCACCUGCGCAUCCGAUCGCGACACAGGUUGCGCAGCUCGCGUCCGUCCUGCGUUGUUUCCCAAUCGUGUAACGCUACAUCCCACCAUCUAACCAACCCCCCGACAACCCAUCACCCUCCUUUUCGCCAAUCGUCAAGCGUCGUCAUCUGAAGCAACGCCGGUGUCCCCCUCCCCGUAUUCCGAGGUGCAGCACAAAGACGAGCUGGGGCCCCUGCAGGAGAACUUCUGCCACUACUCAAGACCCCUUUACAACCCUUUGUGCCUGCAUCCGCCGCUUCAACGGCCCAGUUGCGGCGAUAUAGACCCUCCAGCCUAGGUAUACUUUGCACGCAACGCUACACGACUCUGCCAGCCAAUUGAUUGCGAGCGCAUCAGAAUCACCAGUUUCUUGCUCAAAAAGCAUCCACCCUACGCUAUCCCUCACCUAAAGCAGCGGACGAGCCAUCCAAGUGAGGGUCCUUUGUCCUCUGGCGACCUCCGCUUUCUGUGCUUCCGGUCUCGAAUUUCAAUGCUGCGCCAUCACGGCAAGGGUGUGUGAGCUUCGCAACCAUCCGGUUCCGCCUUUGCUCGAUCACGCCGCUUCAGUUUCAGCUUUCAACGUUGUUUUUUCUCCGCCUUUCACACCCUUCGAACACGUCUUUUGCUUGCCGUCCGUUGACUACAACUCCUAUCAGUCCGUCGUCGACUUGCGAAUCGCCCUCGCUAGGAAACCUGUGACGGCAUUGUUGCACAGAUUUCCCCUACCGCGAUCAGCAAUCUUGUCCCGCCAUAAAAAUAUCACCUCGCGCUCGACCCCUCCAUCCAGAUUCUGCUACCGUCCACAUUGGCUUUUCGAGGCGCAACUCCAAUCUUGUCUCAUGAUUAGUCUCAGAACGACAUGCUAACUGCCAGAUUCCCAAACCGAUCUCUUCGUCAUUGCCUCCUAAUUUCCAUUCUGGCCUGAACGAUUGCGUGGCCCCUCCCAAAAACAAGAACCGCGCCUCCCAUCCUCGACUGACUGUUACCGGCUUCUUCCAAUUCCGAGCCUCUUUUGUGGCCGACCUCUUUCCGAUCGGACCCCAGAGCCCAGGUGUUUACCCCGACUUUCUAUCCUAGCGAAUUGCAAAUCAAAUAAUCUAGCGCACUGUCGAGGAGGGGUCGCUCGAGUAGGCUUAUUUGUUAUCAUAUCAUCGCAUCCCGGCUUGGGUGCAUCCUAACAUGCAACAACCUUCCGACAUGGACCCAUCGACUUGGGCAGGUCAAGAUUAUGCGCCUGGUGCGUCCUACCGUGAGUCGCUGCAGCUUCUUCCCUUCCCAAUUUGUAGAUUUAUGAGAGGGCGGAUAUCUUGUUGAGAUGGUCGGAUGGCCUUUUACUCCAGUAUGCUGGGGAUUGAUAUGCCAUUACACCACCAACUCAGUUGGUCAAAUGCAAGGAUCGCAAAAUGAUGUUCGAAUUUGCCACAGGAGAUUGAUCUUGGUUUCUCGAAUCCUGCCAGUCUAGUACUAAUCAGACCUCGAGGACAGACAAUGGAGUUCCCAGCGAUGCAAAAACCCCUGGCGGCACCGUGAACAUGGGCUUUCUGAAGGGAUUUGGCGGGAUGCAGAAGAGGAUUACCAGAGAUGGGCAACCUGCCAAGAGAAGAGGUCCUAAACCAGACAGUAAACCAGCACAAACCCGACGACAGGAGCUCAAUCGUCAAGCUCAGAGAACGCACCGGGAACGAAAAGAAAACUAUAUCAAAGCCCUAGAAAUGGAGCUCGCCCGUCUGCGUGAAGUUUUCAUCUUUGAGCAAAAUACGCGAGACACAACCAUUCAGCAGCAAAAGUUAUUGAUCGAGAAUCAACAACGGGAGAUUUUGGCGUUGAGAGAGGUUCUAACAUCUCGGGGAAUCGCAUUCGAAAACGAACUCGAGAACCGGAAAGCUAUGCUUGCGCUAAAACCGAAGCGCGAGGAGAACUCCAUGACCCCUCCGUCAAUGAGUGCUUUAACCGCCCCAUCCGGUGGCAGAUCGGUGGGUUAUGGAACUGUUGUGACAGGACCUGCUUCCGCGACAAGCGGCUAUUCCCCUCAAGCAUACCUCAAUGGUGGCGCCAUGAGCGUAUCAGGUCACUCACCCGGAACCACUCACUACACCAGUUCGCCUCAAGGACCGGACAUUCAAGAGCUCGGAAUUAAACAAGAAGAAGGAAUCACGCCCGAUAUGCCGGGCAUUUUCGAGAGAGACCCCCAAUUGGGCAUUGAUUUCAUCUUGAAGCUGGAGCAGACUUGUCGUGAUCACGAGGAGUAUCUUGUCAGGCGGUCGGCGGAUUCACCCAACAACGAAGAGGAAGCGUUGUUUUCUGGACAUGCCUUGAUGGCGACGUGCCCACCUCCAAGCCACAUCGCACGAGUGCCCCCGCAAGAGGGCGGUUUGGUGCCAACAUACGAGCACAAAGUGCCCGAUGCCGAGUCAGUCCAGAUACUGAAUAACUUGCUCAAUCUCAGCCAGACACUCAAGGGCAGCGCCAUCCCCAGUGGCCAAGUGACCCCCAUCAUGGCUUUACAAUCGCUCAAGGGCCAUCGAAACUAUGCUACGCUGACGCGGGAUGAUGUCUUGGGUAUGAUUGAGUCCAUCCGAAGCAAGGUCCGAUGUUAUGGAUUCGGGGCCGUGAUGGAAGAUUUCGAGCUCCGGGAUGCUCUCUCGAGUAUCUUUGCAACGAAACCAGAGACCUACGACCAACUAGGAACGGAUUACACGGCUGAGAUUGACGAAAUGUACUCAUGAUGGAAUGACAUAGGCGUCCAGCUACUGCGCUUGUGCUGAGGUGCAUUUAUGUUGCUGGAUGAUUUCGGAUUCUUCUGUGGAUGGCUGUCUACGAUAUGAGAUGUACCGCCAUUGUUGACUCGACCUUGUCGGAGCUGGCAAACCUCCAGGAUGUGACGCUUGUAUGCAAUUCUCCAACCUUUCUCUCUUUUUGUUUGUAGAAUCCCUCCCAGUCUUUACAGAUGGGCUGUAUAUAGCAUUCGCCGCCAGGCCAAUUGAUUGUCCGCACACCAAGAUGAAUAUGUGCAUUAUUAAGA